AUGAAUCUCGACGCCUCGACGCCUCACAUGACCUGUGUAAGCGGCGACGAGAAUCCAUCCAUCCCCUUGGAUCUGGUGAUGCCGGAAAGUGCCGAGGUUUGCUCCCCGUGCCGGCGCACUCGCGCGAACCGCAUCCCCGUGCUGAAAGGCCUGGUGGUGGACAGCCUGAGCUUUGGCACCUGCUUGAGGUUCGCAGCAGCGCCGUUGAGGCGCACUAAAGUGCUGAGCCUCUUCCCCCGCUACUUUGUGAAGUCUGAGCUGGAGUAUCCGAUCUGCCUGGGCUAUGAGGGCUCAGAGGUCGAAGUUGUCAUGGAGCCGGGCGAUGUGGUGCCAGUGCACCCGCCGCAGAAGGAGCGCGGCGACAGGCUCUAUUUCCGCCAUGCGGCCGAAACGUCGGAGACCUUCUCCUUCAAAGGUCUGGACGGAUUAGAGCACUGCCGCACCUUCCACGUGUACCGGGAUCGCCAGGGCCAGCGUGCUGGAUUGGAGCCGUCCUUUGUUCAGGUGGACAUUCAAAAGAUCACCUUCCCGGCCAAGCACCACGUGCCGCUGGCGGAGGGCUAUUUUCUGGCUUUGCGGCCUCCAGACUUUCGUUGCGCGGAGGACUUGCUGUUCCACUUUGACAAUCAGACGCCUCAUGGCUUCUUCGCGACCAUCGCAGGCGCCGAAGCCGACGGCUCCACGAAGCUGCUGAUCCUCAGUAGUGGCGAGCAAAUUUGGCAGCACCUCGUCGGUUUCCAGGACACGGAGCAGUGUUUGAAGGUGGCGGUGAAGCUGACCCGGGACAACAAGGCGCUGAGGGAGCGGAAGAGCGGCCGGAACUUGGUGAGUCAGACCCUGGGCCAUGCCCUGACCUCCCGCAACGCCUCCAAGCCCUUUGCGCUGGAGGCCAGUCUCAGGCUGACAUCUGCAAGCCUCGACCAGGCGCCCGAGGUUGCAGAGGACACCGGCGACUGCAUGGAUGAUGAAGGCCAAAAUCAGUGCUUCGGAAGGUGGCGGCGCCGCAUCUUCGUGAAGGGCGAAUUCAGCAUCCACUGCUGGAAGAGCCAUGCCUUUGCGCCCCAUAAGGCACGGGUGGAGCUGAUCUUAGAGGAUCUGGAUCGCCGGACUGGCUCGCCGGAGAUCUUUGUGGCGGGCAUCACGGCCCUGACGGUUUGCCCAGGCGAAGAUUCCAGCGGAGUAGCAGCUGUUCGCAGCGCUCUGAGGGACAAGUGGCAGGUGUCCUUUGUCUCCGGCGAAGCUAUGCGCUCCGGCGUGGUCCGUGGUCAGCCCGCGUGGCGGCAGCAGCUGCUGGAUGCCGCCGCCGGCCAGCAGGUCGUAGAGCUGCAGACGCGGCUGGAGCUGCGGUUCUCCAGCUCCGUCGGAGGUGUGCACCACUUUACCAUCAAGCCAGCGCCUGGUUGGUCGGGUCCUGUGCAAAACGAGGCUGAGGAUCAGAAGGAGAAAUCCAGCUGGACGGUCACCGUCCACGUGCCGGUUCUCUCGGUGAGUUGGAUCCACCGCCACCAGGAGGUACUCGCAGUGCGAGUCAAAGGAAUCCGCCUGGAGGUGGGCCAGCACGCCACGGACCGGAGCCUCGACAUCGGCAUGCAGCACCUCCAGGUGGAUCACUUCAUCGACGGUGGCGAGCUGCCAGUGGUUUUGAACCGCCGCUUUCUGCACAUCAACAGCCGCUGGCUGCGCGAGAAGGCAGUGCAGCUGUCGGCCAAGUGGAUCAGCGGAAGCCGGAUCAUCAAGAAGCUCUCUGUGAGUCUGGUUCCGUACUGGCUGAACCUGGAGUUGGGCGUGCUGAUCAGGCUACUGGACCUGGCCGAGAGCAGCUUGGGCGUCAACGAGGCCUCCCCGGACGAAGGCGCACGAGUUGCUCUGGAGCCGCCGCAGCAGCCCUCAUCUCUGGCGGACGCCAAGCACAGGGAGGUGUGGCGGCUUGAGACGCUGGUAGUUCAGCCCCUGCGUUUGACCAUCAUGGUGCGGUCCCCCGACACCGCGGCGGCCCGGGACAAUACCAUGGCACGGCGCAUCCGCUUCCUGCCUGUGGAUAUGCCCAACAUGGACCUGAAGGUGGAUAUGACGGUUCUGACGAACCAGUUCGGCUCCAUUCAGCAGAUCUUGGGAACUCUUGGCUCUCAGUACAAGCGGAAGGCCCGUAACUCAGCGCUGCUCUCGGUGUUCCUCUCCUACAUGGCAGCGAUCCUGAAGGCAGGGGGCAUACACCUUGAUCGCUACCAGAUGCUUUUUGGGAAUUACCGCGAUGGUGGAAUGAUGGGGAUCAGUGGGCAUGGUGACGAGCUGCUUUAG